AUGAUUCUCACCAUAUCAUCACGGAUCUUUCAACCAGAGUCUCAUAGGCACAUAAGAGAUCAUGCCGAGUCUCUUCUAGGCAGAGCUCUCCUGGCCUGUAAUUCGGCAAUUGAGAACAUCUGGGCGAUCAUCUGUAUGUAUCACUGGAAAGACGCGAACGAUGCUAGGGGCUACACCCUGAUCGGAUUUGCACUCCGGAUGGCGGCUUCAGCAGAAUGGAACAUGACACGUCGAAGCGUCUCUUACGACACGCAUGGUCUUCAGGAGUCGGGAGAGCUGCAAGUGAGGCAAAGGAGAGACAAAGAUCGCGUGUGGCUGGCGCUGGGAAACAUUGACCGGACAUCAAGCUACUUCACCGACCGGCCUCUAUCAACAACCAUCGUUCUGGAGCAUGUAGCCUCUAGGCAGUGGAUGGCCCUGACAGAAUGGACAUAUCCACUGGGAGAUGGCAAGGCAGUUGGUGGCCAUGAGUUGACAGGCAUUGCCAGUAAGGUGUAUGAGAGCAUGAUGAGAACUCGUGUCGACUCUCGUGUUUCUCCGUCAUCACUCGAUUUCGAGACGUUUCAGAAGGAUAUGGAUGACUUUAAUAACAGGAUUGCUGCAUGGGGAGACUAUUGGCAGGCUGCAUUCGAUACGUUUCCCAACCCGGAGACUUUCCAAACACCCCUGAUCUACCUCUUUAGAGAUUACAUGCGUCUUUACUUCAACUCAGUAUUUCUACAUCGAAUGCUCGUCUCAGAAAGCAGAUCUACACCGCAUGAUCUCAUCACUCAUACAGCUCGAGUUUGUUACUGCAGUGCAUUGAGCGUACUGCGACAGGCUAUCGAAAUGGGAGAGUUAGACAUCAUCUACUACCUUUGGGAUACAGCCCACCUGAUGAUCGCCUAUUCAACCAUGAUGAUCCCAAAGCUUUUAAGACAAGAUAUUGACGAGUCAUCAACCUCGAAGAACGAAGCCAUUGACACGAUUACUCAAGUUACGUCUGCAUACGUCAUUGCAGCCAAGUCAAUGGGCCACUCUGAUUCACAGAACAACGCUGUCUUAGCUCAAGCUCAUCUCCUCUCCGCCAUUCUAGCGCGACUGAAACGCGAACUGACGCAAGCAAAUUCCGACAUGAUAUCUCCGGCCAUGCCUGACAAUCUCUCUAUCUCGGGCCUCUCCUGGAUCGAAGACCAGUUGAACAGAUCCACGUUAUUCUCUGACGGAGGAAUGGAACCGCCGUUGUCGGAGUACGUUGAUAUGGAUACCCAGACCGUGGGGCCGCCCGAAGACAUGAGCUCGUUCAUCCCGCAAAUGUACGAGGAACUUGAUCUCAUGUUAGAUGACGAUUUUGUGAACUCGAAAUAUUUUGAGGCUGGGUUGCUGUCAUGGAAUGAGCCAGGCAUAUUCAUACAGCCUUAUUAG